UGGGAGACGCGCUGGAUGCGAGUGUCCAGCCAGUUUAGCGUCAGCUGAAACUGAGUGGCAUUCACUCGGAGGUUGUCGCCAGGCGUGGAGCUGUGCCGAGUGCCGACUGUUGCGUUUGAAAUUUGGCAUGCAGGGAGAAACUCUAAGCAUAGCUGUUGUUUUGCACAAGGGUGAGUCCUAAAGAGUGUGCCUGUGUCUGGAAACAUUGCCUUUUGUAUUUGUGGUAUGCAGAAGUAUUUGCCUUUUUGUUCGCUUUGUGGACCUCUUCGAUGUGCUUUGCGGUGGAGUACCAGUGUCGGAAUGGUCUGAUGAAGCGUCGCUUCGGCAGUGAUCGGUCGCCGUAUAGUGAAGUUAAGAGCAGAUGUUGGAACUGAGGGAGCGGCGGAAACAGUUCAGCACGGAGGUCCGCGACGUCUUGUCUACGCGGAAAGCGCCGUUGUCUGGUAGACAUGUAGAGAAAACAGGAUGUAGACGACUGUGAACACGGAUGCGCACCUUUCUUCACCGUUUCUGAUUUUGGAUUCUAAGGAACGACAUGGCCUCGUCGGGGGCGCACAAGACUACGAAGAGCGAGAAGUUGGACGAGGCGCAAGCCCUUGCCAAGAGCUGCGCUGGCAGACCGGACUUCCUUCCAUGCGACGGCCUCUCCAUUUGCGCCACGCACAGUCACGGCAAGUGCUUCAAGUUGCACUGGUGUUGCCACCUCGGAUGGUGUCACUGUAAAUACGUGUACCAGCCGAUGACGAGGGUGGGCCAGCUCCCCAGCACCACUGUGCCUCCAGCUCCGUCCGAGGCCACGGACACCAUUGACCUCUCCAUCUCCCUGACCGAGCGCUUCCUGCGCAUCGCCCCCUGGUUCCUGCCGCCGCCCUGCCCCGAGUCGCCCCGCUACUGCGUCAUCUCUGACCUCUUCAUCGACGACUACGUGGUCAAGCGCAUCAACGGCAAGAUGUGCUACGUGCAGAGGCCGCCUCCCAUGAUGCCUGUGGCUCCGCCCACACCCCACCCUCACCCACACCAACACCAACACCCUCACCUCCCACCCCACCCCCGACCACCGACUCCACCCCCCUCUCAGCCACAGCCUCAGGCGCCAAGCUCGACCUAUCAGAACACUCAGGAGGUGGCCCCGCCCCCACAGAGCUCCAACGGCCCAAUGGAGAAAGCCCAGGGCCCCAAAAUGGACCACUGCUCCUCCCCCUCCAGCUCCGAGGACUCUGGGAUCAACGCGAUCGGGGGCAACUUCCUGGAGUCGUGCGAGGAGGACUCGUGCGAAGAGGAGGAGGAAGAGGAGGAGGAUGUGCGCCGGGGGGUGGAGGUGGGAGAGGAAGAUGAGCUGAGCUCAGACGGGAAGUCCAGCCCGGCCAGCUGGGACCAGGACGAGUGCUCGCUCCUCUCCCCCUCCAAGUCUCUGGUGGAGAUCAUCGAGAAUAUCGAAACCACUGUCUGACGCGGGGUGCGUUCUCACAGUGAUUCUGCCGGCGGUAUGCAUGUGGAGAUAGCGGCAGGUGUGUGGUCUGCUGUCAUCGAUGGCUAACUGGGAAUAGUUAUUCGUUAGCGAUUCUGAAUUGUUUUUAGCCUGCUGCGGUUGUGGAUUUCAAAUGUAAAAGUGGUAAAAACUAGCCCACACACACAACUCUCCUCAGUUCCACCAGAUCUCACCACUCGUCUCUUCUACACUGAACUUUUCCAUGCAAAGCAUCUUUUACUGGUGGAAAGGGGUUCUGUGUUUGGAAAAGGGAUUUUUUUAACGCUUCAAACUGCUCCAAAGCUGAUAGCCAAAUGGUUCCAAAAAGCUUCUUUCCUUUCCUGAGACAAUUUUUAAGAGGAACCUAAAAAGGUUCCUUAAAAGCUUCCUCAAAAAGGGAACAAACAAGUGAGAACAUUUUCUAAAGAGUGCACUGCCCCUGUCUUUUUCUCUCACUGUUGUUUACCCUCUUGCUGUUUGCCUCGAUGUUUUUGUGGGAGGACAACAACGCAGGCAGGCACUUCCGUUUGCAGUGCACCUGUCUGCUCACAUUCAAUUGGACACGGAUGACCAAAAAUCACUGUUAGCAUAGCAUAACCGCAGCUAACCACGGUUCAGGUCCUGAUUUGGGCCAGAUCCGGCACACAGAGUUAGCCAGCCCCCCUCCCUCUUCGCUGGGUCUUUGGAUCUCAUGCAUGACUUGUCAGAUGGCAGAGGACAACGACGAGCAUCGUGUUCCCUUUUUAUACAAGAGCCCAAGGAAACACUCUCUCUCACACACAAACACACACUCACAUGCACAAAAUCACAAAUCACCAGUCACUUGUUUUGCACGCUAAGAGGAUCACAGCAAAAGACCAAAUGUUAGCACUAGCCUGUCUCUUUUCUACACUUUCCUUAAAGGUGCAGUCUGCGAUUCACUUUCGGUUUAGCAAAAGAUUGUUGAUAUAUGAGUUCAACAGCCAAUCAAAUUACAUCCUUGGCUUCCGUGCUCCUGCAUUAAUUGGCUGGGAAUGUUUUUAGCUGAGUCCAAGCCACUUUAUUUGUUUCCCAUUUAAAGGGAAACUAUGCAGUUUGUUUAGCUUAAUUUACCUUAACUUCACAGCUUUGACUCAUUGGAAUGGUUAUAUAAUGGCGGGAUGCCGGACUCAGAGACGGAAAGUCUCGCAGCCUAAUUGCUUUACUGCACUAAUACACAUACACGUCAGGCACCGGCUAGAACAAGGUGGUGAUGGAGUUUCUCAGACAUUUGUCAUGACCGAGCCAGCAAAACGAAGCAGAAAGCGAGUAAACCGUUACAGGGAAAGAGGAAACAACAGAUUGAACGAUCGAGGAGUGUUGUAAAAUAUAUACUCUGAAGCUGUAGGGGGAGAGAAACCUGCGAGCAAAAAGCGAAGAAAUUGCCAAAACUGCAUAGUUUCUCUUUAAAGAACUAUGACUAAGAACUGUACACAAGCACCUGCCUUUUAUUGGUGGCAAAUACUGAAGGGACAGCUAAAUGACUGUUUGAUGAAAAUCCAUUGAAUAUGACAAAACAUGUGACCCCACCUUUUGAUACAGUGCCAAUUCAAUUAGCGAUUGCGUGUCAAUGUCUUCUAUUUUGAUAGUCUGAAAAUGAAAGUGUGUGGGAUUAUAAUUGCGGACUGCACCUUUAAUGACAGUGUCUCCGAAACGGAUCUGAUCCAGACCUGGGACAGAACUAAGACCAGAACUCAGCCAAAACUCAACCUUAACCAAGCCAGAAUCAGGUGUUAGUCAGGCUCCUAGAUGAAGAGUUGUCUUUUUGAUAACCUUUUGAAAACAGUUCACUGUCCAUUCAUUAAGAAAGGCUGACUUCAACCAUGAUAUCAUAGUCUGAGUCUAUCUAAUGUAUACUUUAGCUUGCUAAAUACAGCCGAACGACAGCAGCACAGAAAGAGGAAGAGGAGAGACGAUGCUAUGAGCAAAAGAGCUAGAGAUAGAGAGAUAGAGAGAUAGAUAGAGAGAAAAGAAGGAACAGGAAGAGGUAGAGAUAAGGGGAGCUGGCUCGUACACACAGCAGACAUGAGGAGUGAAGCCUGGGCAGAGAGCAGUGCGUUGCAUUGCAUUGUGGGCCGGCCGGCAGGUGCUGUCAUCAGCUCCGUGCAGCGGUGUUUUAAAUUAUGCAUGAGAGCAGCGUUAGGUGCCAUCAGCGCCAGGCAGGGAACAGGAGGGUCACAGUGUGCCGAGAGUCCCUGUCAUCACCUCUCAUCAGCGCCCAUUAAGGGCAGAGGCCCAGCAGCGCUCCCCAGCAGAGCCACGGAGGUUACAUCAGCCCCAUCCCCCACAUCCACCCUCUCCCGCCCAUUUCUCCAGAGAGAGGCCCACACUGGCGAGAGAGAUGCCGGAGAAAUACACAAAGAUGGCUUUGAUCUGGCACAGAAUUCAUGGGGAAUUUAAUAAAGCGUGUAGUCGGACUGAGAUCAGGAUCUUUAGCGACUGCUCAUUGCAUUUGUGUCUGGCGCCUGCACGCAGUAUGGCAUUCAGAACAGAGCAGAGCAGGUCGGUGUAGCUGCAACCGUUUCCAUGCAGUCCAGUUCCUAUUGGCCUGCAGCACAUGCACAGUCAGGCCGGCAGAUAUUACCCAACACACAGCGACACACAGGAAGUGUGCCGAAGCCUGCAUCCUGUCCCCUCAUGUAGAUUAAUGCAGUACUGAGACAUGCAGUAGGUAUCAUGCCAAAACCAAGCUGAGCUGUGUUUGUCUAGUAGAGAGAGCGCUCUCUCAUGGGUUAGAGAGGUGUGGGACUGGGUGGGUAGUGUCUGAGUGAUGACGCUCUAGAGGGGUUAGAGAGGUGUGGGACUGGGUGGGUAGUGUCUGAGUGAUGACGCUCUGUGGUACAAUGUAGAGUAAAGAAAGGAAGAUAACUGACACUCGUUCAGUAGACUUGCAGUAUUAUUAAAAUCAGCAUGUCCCAAAUGACCAGGAUACUGUGACAUGCUGACAAGACAGUUUGUAGCAGAAUCACAUACACUGUAUGUUUGGUGCAUGUUGCCUACAGUAAUGCUGUAAGUCUAUCCAGGUUAGUUUUCUUCUUCUGUUUGUGUAAACGUUGUGUAAACGUUGUGUUUGUACGGGUUGUUGCAGGUUGUUGAAGAGAUUAACGCAUCAAGUUGGAAUACAAAUGGAAUACAAAUGGAUAUGUACAGUACUGUCACAGCACAUUGAUCUCGUCUCCUUUUUUAAAGAUCUAUAGUCUUUGCCAUUUCUCUGACUUUGAUAUAAACACACUUCCAAAUGCUGAUUUUGGCUCAUGUCUGUUAUUUGAAGGAAUGCAAUUAAUGUUGUUUAUUUUUUUUAUUUGUUACACAAUGUGUUGAAAAUAACACAACUUGCAAUAAAAAAACACAACUUUAGGGACAACACAUUGGUUUUAAGCGUGUAGUAAUGAAUGGUUUUAUGUCACACUAAAAUCAGUUGUAUUAAGAUCUACUGUAUGUUGUAUUUGACAUGGACUGAAGAAUGCCCAACUUGGUUUAUUUAUUGAAAUGUUAAGUGCUCAGUUACAGAUGAUCACUAACACAAUUUCCAUUUUCCUAUCAUCACCAUCAUCACUACAGUAAGUUUGUAUUUUUGAAAGGAAGUGCUGACGAGGCACACUCUGAGUUUGUGAAGGUUACCUCCUGGAGAUCUGAGACUUCUGUGACAUCAGCACCAUUCCUGUUCCGUCUCCUUCAAUGAGGCUGUUCGGUCGCUGCAAAUGAACUGAACUGCAAAUACAGCCUUUGAUGAUU